AUGGGCGUAGGCGGCUUGAUAGAACCGCUCGUCGUGGUGACGCUGCUCUUUGGCGGCACCUGGGUCAACCGCAACUGCAGCUACAACAUGUUUGCGCCGCGCCACGUCAGGUCCGAGCACCGCCGCAGCGGCUCGCCAGACAGCCUCGAGUCGGCCAUGGAGAGUCCGACGGCGGAGGUCGACGACCUGCUGCCUCGGCGCGCCGUGUCGCCGUCGCUCCUGGCGUCGCAGGAGCCGACAUGGAGGAGGCGUGAGAUACGCUUCUUUGGCUACUCAGGCGCCGUGACAUCGCCCAACUCGCGCGUCUUCAAGGACCGCCUGCUGAGCCGGCUGCUGCAAAAGUUUCCCUUUUUGGUCGAGGCGUGGUACUGGGCGCUGAUCUACUGGGUCUACCAGCUCGGCCGCGCCUUCACGGCCGUCACCAUGGUCGCCGAUACGGUCGACGUCGCCCGCCGCCAUGCCCUGCAGCUCAUCCACCUCGAGCAGCGCCUGCACCUCUUCUUCGAGCUUGAUAUCCAGCGCUACUUUCUGCAGCAUCCUUUCCUCAUGCAUUGGAUCAACCGCAUCUACUCGUUCAUCCACAUCCCCGGCACCAUCCUGUUCCUCGUCUGGCUAUACUACUUCACCACCACCCGCAACCGCGUCGACGAGCGCCAGACCGGCAAGAAGAUUGGCUCCGUCGAGGGAAGCCCCGCUGGUCCCCGCCUCUACGAGGCCCGUCGCCGCACCAUGGCCGUGUGCAACUUGAUCGCCUUUGUCGUCUUCACCCUGUGGCCGUGCAUGCCGCCUCGCCUGCUGAGCGACAAGACUGUCAAGGGCGAGGAAGGGGACGAGGCCCGCAGCUACGGCUUCGUCGACACGGUCCACGGCGCCGGCGGCGAGAGCAGUGUCUGGACCCAGAACAAGUUCUGCAACCAAUACGCCGCCAUGCCCUCCCUCCACUUCGGUUACUCCCUCCUCAUCGGCCUCACAAUCCUGACGAUCCCACUUCCUCCGCACCAGCGCCGCAGCAAGACGCUUCACACGCCGAUUCCUAUGCUGCGUACGAUCCGGCUGCCAUCGGCGCGUCGCAUGUUGUGCUUGGUUGCGGGCGUUGCUUACCCGCUGACAAUCCUGAUUGCAAUCAUCGCAACUGCGAACCACUUCGUGCUGGACGCGGUAGCAGGCGCAUGCGUGUGCGGUCUCGCGUGGACGGGCAACGCUGUGCUGCUCAACCUGCUUCCCCUCGAGGAUUACUUCCUCUGGUGCGUGCGGAUUCACAAGCCAGAGGCGAGGGUCACGGAUUGGCUGGAAGGCGAUGCGGACGACUGGGUUGUCGGAAAGGGCGUUGUUGCAUGA